CUGAGCCGGUCGGGUUGGUAGCGAAGAUGUCGGCGCCAACGAUGGAAGAGAGGAAGGCCUGCUGGGGGGCCCGGGACGAGUUCUGGCAGUGCUUGGAUAGGCACGCGGACGAUGCAUCCAAGUGCGAGAAGCUGCGGCUGUCCUUUGAGUCACGGUGUCCGCAGCAGUGGGUUAAAUAUUUUGACAAAAGAAGAGACUUUUUGAAAUAUAAAAGGAAGCUUGAAACAGAAGGGUAUCAUCCUCCAGAAGCUGCAGGAAAGUCUUAGGUACUUUGCUUUCAAAAUAAAUCUGGUGAGAAUAACUGGAAGGAAGAAGCAUGAGAAAGCAACAGAAAGUGCCUGAGCCCAAGAACUGGUCUUCUGUCUCCCUGAAAUGCAGGCUGCUGUUCUUGUUGCAAGGUCUUGUGUCUCUACUGCAAAAAAGAUAGUCAUGGACAGCUUUUUCAUGAGUGUAAGUCAAAGAUGAAAGAAAUACGCUGCAGGGCUGUUCACAAUCUAAGGUUUUGAAUGGGUAAUUAGUCAACUUGACAGGAAGAAAUUAUUAUUUAAUGGUAUAAUGUACAUAUUCUAAU